UUCUCUCAUUAUGAGGAAGAGUAGUAGGGGUCGUCAAAAGAUUGAUAUCAAGAGAAUUCAAAACGAAGAUCAUAGACAAGUUACCUUCUCUAAAAGAAGGAAUGGGCUCUUCAAGAAAGCUAGUGAGCUUUGCAUCUUAUGCGACGCUGAGACCGCCUUAAUCGUCUUUUCUCCGGCCGGUAAGGUAUACUCCUUUGGCCAUUUAUCUGUUAAUUCUGUGAUUAAUAGGUAUAUUGAUCAGAUUCAGAACAUUAAUGAUGGUGUUGGAGGUGGUGGUGGUUCUUUGGCACUUGUUGAUGCUCACCGGAGCAAUGUGGUUCGUGAGCUUAGCCGACAAUUUACGGAGGUUUCCGAUGAACUUGUUGUAGAGAAGAAGAGAGAAGAGAUACUAGAGAUGAAGAAAGAGAAAGUUGCACCAGAGAUUUGGUGGGAAGAACCAAUUGAUGAACUUGAUUUGCAUGAGUUAAAACAAUAUAGGUUGGCUAUGGAAGAGCUUAGGAAGAAUGUGAUAAAGAGAGCUGAUGAUUUGGCUAUGGAAGAAGCUUCUUCACUAUCUUCUUUGUUAGCUAUAAAUUCAGUUCCUUUGGGAGUUAUUCCUGCUAGAAUGGAUGAAGGUAGUACUUCUUCAAGUGUUGUUCCUCAUGGGUUUCAUUUAGAUUUUGGGUAUGGGAACCUUUAAAAGAUGGUUUUUAGUAAUUGAACAGUUAAGGGUAUAGCCAGCUAGUUUAUUUUUAUUUUUGAAAUAAAUAGAGGUAGUUAAUGUUAAUCUGGUGCACCAUUGGUGUUGUUUACU